UGGCAUUACUCGCGGUCGUGGGCGGGUUUCUUCCUUUCAGUUCAUCAUGGGGACUCCCGGAAAGAAGUCGCAGGAGGCACACAACUGGGGGUUGGAAGUGUGCCAGGCGUCGUCCAUCCACGGAAUGCCCUAUGCGGCCCGGAGGGAUCUGCACUGGAGCGAACGGCUCUUCUGGCUGGCAAUGGUAGUGGUGGCCACCUACUACGCCGUCGACACCUGCCUGGCCCAGUGGCAGAGAUUCCGCAACAAUCCGAUUGUCUACGAGUACGAGUACCUCUCCGGGCUGCGAAACUUUACCUUCCUCGGGCUGACCCUCUGCACCAACUACGAGACCCCGGAGCAGGUGGACAUGCUCACAAAAAUAAUUUGGGGAAUAAAUCCCGAAGAAGACCCCGACAAGGGAGCCUACUACGAAAAGUUUCUCUACGUCCUCAAUCGCCUGGAGUACACCAAUCUAGACACACUGAAGCCCUUUGAGAACGACACCAGCCUGGACAACCUGGACUACGUGGACAUGAUCUUCAAGCUGCAGUCCAAGGUUCUGCCGCCACCCUGGCCUACGCUCCUGGCGCCGAUCAUCACAGAGGUGGGCUUGUGCCAGACCACCAGCCAGUUGUUUCACUUUGGGAAUCCCGAUGCAAACAACUUCAACGUAACACCAGUCCGACAAUGCGGCUUCUUCAACGACUGUCAGUUCAUGCACAAGCCCUUCAAUAGCAUCUUCACACACGUCUAUAUGUACUUGCAUGAUGUGAACGAGAUGAUGCUGCCCCACGACAGUCGCACUCUUACGUUUAAUGCCAAAACCAAGAGCUCCUACGUCCUCAAGUUGCUGGUGAACUCUCUAUCGGCAGAUGGAGAAGUGAGGAACCUGCCAGUGGCUUACAGAAAGUGUCGCUAUCAUGACGAGAACAAUCUGCAAUAUUACUCGCCCUAUCAUCCUAGCCUGUGUCGCCUGGAGUGCCGCAUCGACUGGGCCCUAACCCUCUGCAAGUGCAAGCCCUACUUCUAUGCCGCCGGCCCCAAAACCCCAAUUUGCACCAUUUCUGGAAUGCUCUGCUUGGCGCGAUCCAACUGGCUGGCCAAGCCCUGUGAGUGCUUCCCCCUGUGCAAGGAGAGCACCUACAGCCUCAUAGAGGAAUAUGAACAGAGCGGGGGCGAUCAGAGCUACGUGGGUGAGCAGUUCGAGCGCACCAUCAUCAUCAAGAUGGACCUGCCCAAGAUGGGCAUGAAGCGGCGGGUCGUUUUCAGCACGGAUCAGCUAAUAAUGUCAUUCGGAGGCGCCAUUGGCCUCUUUCUCGGAGCCAGCUUCAUGACCAUCUACGGCCUGAUCAGCCUCUUCCUAACGUUUUUGGCCGCAAAAUGCAAAUGUGGCUCACGGGCCACGCGAAAACCAGCCACCAGUAGGACCACUAUUCCACAAAAAGCUUCUUUUUAUUAAAAAUGUAUUUAAAAGUAUAAUGGCCGCUUGGUAAGACCAGAAAAUAUUGUUACUUGAUGCCUAAUUUCUGC